AUGUAUAUUGCUGUAUUUGUCUGUUUUGCUUCCAAGGCUGUUCACCUGGAACUCGUUACAAAUUUGUCGACUGACUCUUUUCUUUUGGCCCUUAAAAGCUUCAUCGCAAGACGUGGCGUACCGCAUCGAGUACAUUCCGACAACGCGACGAACUUCGUGGGAGCCAGGAACGAGCUGAGAAGUCUUCAGAGGGCCUUCGAGAAGGGCAUCGAGUGGAGGUUCAUCCCACCACGAGCACCGCACUUCGGCGGUUUGUGGGAGGCGGCCGUGAAGUCAGCGAAGGAAAUUCUCGUGCGUCAAGUCGCAGACGCGUCCCUAACCGAAGCCGAGCACCGAUCCCAACGAGGGCACCUGCUAAUCGGGCAGGCCCUUUGUUCGCUGCCGCAAGGAUUAGAGCUAGACGCACCGAACAGAGGUUUGAGGUUCUCAAAGAGGUGGCAACUCAGACAGCGGUUCUGGCAGGCGUGGUCCAAGGAAUAUGUCCACAGCCUUCAGCGCAAAACCAAGUGGCAAACUACAUCGCCCAAUCUGGAGGUCGGAGCCUUGGUAAUCAUCCACGAGGACAACACUCCACCCCAGCGUUGGAUUACCGGUAGGGUCUUCAGCGUGGUGGCCGGGGCCGAUGGCAAAAUUCAAGUGGCCGAAAUCAAGACCGCAACAGGCGUAUUUAAGCGUCCUAUUCAGAAGCUGGCUGCACUCCCAAUAUAUUGA